CCUUCCCCUUACUUUCACACACACACACACACACACACACACAUAUACUCCACAAACAUUUCUGAUGUUCUCACAACUCUCUCCCUCCUCCUUCAUCUUCUUCCUCACCACACAGAGCCAGCCAACCCUAAUAGAUAUACACGUCUGCAGCAAAAGAUGCUUCAACGUGAUCGUAGUCUCCUUCCCGUAGCCACCUUCAUAUUCUGGUCAUGUUUCUGCUGCUCCUUCGACGGCGUCGUUUCGGAUCCCCAGACCCUAUUUUUGAACAGAGGGUGUAGCCAGUACAAUGUCUCCAACUUGGCCAGCUUCAACGAUAACCUAAACGCAACGUUUCGAGGGCUCAGAGACAAGGUGGCUAGGCAGAGAGCUUUCUUCGCCACGGUGAAGCAAGCCCACGGAGCUAGCCCCGUCUACGCUCUUUUUCUUUGCAGAAACUACCUCUCCCCCGCCGACUGUGCCGCUUGCUUCGACGUCGCCGCCACACAGAUUCGCAACUGCUCUGCCGGAGCCAACGGUGCCCGCAUCGUCUACGACGGCUGCUUCCUCAGGUAUGAGAGCAGCAGUUUCUAUGAUCAGACAACACAACCUGGGAAUGGCAUGGCUUGUGGGAAGCAAACAUCAGGAGAUAAGACAACAUUUGACUCAACAGUUGAAAAAGUGCUAAUGAAUCUCCAAACAGCAACACCCAGAAUUCCUGGUUUCUUUGCAGCCACAAAGACUCAAGUACCUAACAAUGGUCCUACUAUUUAUGCCGUUGCUCAAUGUGUUGAUUCUGUCACAGAGAGUGGCUGCCUUGAUUGCUUGAAGGUUGGAAACAACAAUCUGCAGAUGUGCCUUCCCACAUUGGAGGGUAGGGCUUUUGAUGCUGGCUGCUUCAUGAGAUACUCCACCUCUUCCUUCUUUCCUGAUAACCAGACCAUUGGUGAUUUCACACCCUUCUUGACACAAGGUUCAAGCAAGAAGAGAGCUAUUAUUGGUGGGGUUGUAGGAGGUGUAGCUUUUCUUUUGAUAGUUCUUGCAGUGUUUCUUUUGAUUAAACAAUCAAUGAGACCAAAGACAAAGAGGGUUCCCAGAGGUGACAUAUUAGGAGCAACGGAGCUGAAAGGCCCAGUUAAUUACAGGUAUAAGGAUUUGAAGAUUGCAACAAAAAAUUUCAGUGAACAAAAUAAAUUAGGAGAAGGAGGAUUUGGUGAUGUUUACAAGGGCACUCUAAAGAAUGGGAAAAUAGUUGCUGUCAAGAGAUUAGCUUUAGGCAACCAUAAGAGGAUAGGGGAAGAUUUUGAAAGUGAAGUGAAGCUCAUAAGUAAUGUUCAUCAUCGAAAUCUUGUUCGGCUUUUGGGAUGUUGCAGUAACGGCCAAGAGAAAAUCCUUGUUUAUGAAUACAUGAAGAACAACAGUCUUGACAAAUUCUUAUUUGGUCAAAACAAAGGUUCUCUCAACUGGAAACAACGAUAUGAAAUAAUUUUAGGCACGGCAAAAGGUUUGGCCUAUUUACAUGAGGAAUUUUAUGUAUGUAUCAUACAUAGAGAUAUAAAGAGUAACAACAUCCUCUUAGAUGAUCACCUUCAGCCUAGAAUUUCUGAUUUUGGAUUGGCAAGACUUCUACCAACAGACCAGUCUCAUCUUAGCACAAAAUUUGCAGGAACAUUAGGAUACACUGCACCUGAAUAUGCAAUUCACGGCCAAUUAUCAGAAAAGGUUGAUACCUAUAGUUAUGGAGUUGUAGUUCUAGAAAUCAUCAGUGGCCAAAAAAGCAGUGAAUUAAAGGUUGAUCCUGAUGUUGAAGGCGAAUUCCUACUGCAACAAGCUUGGAAACUAUAUGAGAAAGGCAUGCACUUAAAGUUGGUGGACAAUACCUUAGACCCUAAUGACUAUGAUCCAGAAGAAGUGAAGAAAAUCAUAGAGAUUGGUUUGCUUUGUACCCAAGCAUCUCCUGUAAUAAGGCCAACAAUGUCUGAAGUUGUUCUCCUGCUUAAAAGCAAGGGCUUAUUGGAGCACAUGAAACCCACCAUGCCUAUCUUUGUUGAAACUAAUUUGAGGUCUAGAGAAGGCACCUUCACGUCAGCUUCGUUCCUUCAAUCUAAUGCUACAGCCUCCACUAUUACCCUAUCAGGCAGAUGAUAGUAUUAUACCAAAAGGGGGAAAAAAAUUACAGU